AUGCAUUUCACCAAUUUCCUUGUUGGCUCAGUCCUCUGCUAUCUUGUCACCGCCUUCAAAGUCCCUAAGGGCACUACAGACGGCUUCUACAAAGUGCACCUCAACGCAAAUGGACAAGAAAUCCACGAACGCGUCUCAAGCCUCGCAGAUGAAGCCACACCUGCAGGCGUCUCCAUAGCGAAGCGAGCCCUGAAAGAGAAGCGAGAAUGGCGUUGGAACACAUGGUGCGGCUGCGGCAUCGAACUCAAUCACGACAAUUGCGAUGAUGCCGUCCAGGAUCUGAAGGAUCAGAUGGGCUCAGCCGUCUAG